UAAACCCUAAAACCAAUAAAGAUCGCGCGGUAGAAAAUAGUCGGGCAGGGUCAAGGGGGUUGUAGAAUUAUAGACGUUGCUGCAAGAAAUAAAUAAUUUAUUAUACCAAAUAAUUUCUUCCCAUUUCGACCGCUGCUGCAACACAUUGGCCGGAGUAAUGUGGCGAGUCGGGGCGAAGCUGGUUGUUGGGGCAACGCUCCUCGGCGGGGGAGCCGCGGGCGUCAACAUCUUCACCUCGGACGAUAUCUCGACGGCCUUCAACAUCUGUACCCUAGUUCCCGUACGCCUCCUGCGUGAUUCUCUCACAGCCGCUACCAUUGCCUUUGACUAUGGAUAUUCUUUGUGGGGUCUUAAGGAGGGGAGCAUCGAGUGGUCUAAAGCCAAGCAUGAAGUGCAUAAUAGAUGUGCACUUAGGCUGCAAGAAUUGUGCUUUCGUAAUGGAGGAAUCUAUAUCAAGCUUGGUCAACACAUUGGUCAACUGGAGUAUGUUGUUCCUCAAGAAUAUGUACAUAUUAUGAGAACCUCCAUGUUGAAAAGGUGCCCAUUUUCCUCUUAUGAUCAAGUGCGUAAAGUCUUAACCAGAGAGCUUGGAGGACUGCCCGAGGAAAUAUUUGAGGAGUUUGAUCCUGUUCCUUUGGCAAGUGCUUCCCUUGCACAAGUUCAUGCUGCUAGAACCCAUGAUGGAAAAAAUGUUGCCGUGAAGGUUCAGCAUACUCAUCUUACAGACACUGCUACUGCAGAUAUUGCCACUGUGACCUUGAUAGUGAAUGCCUUGAACUGGUUUUUCCCUGAAUUUGAUUAUAGGUGGUUGGUUGAUGAGAUACGGGAAAGCUCACCUAAGGAAUUGGAUUUCUUGUUUGAGGCCAGGAAUAGUGAAAAAUGCUUGGAGAAUUUUAAGAGGUUAUCUCCUCAUAUUGCUGACUGCAUAUAUGUCCCAAAGGUAUAUUGGGAUCUGAGCACAUCCAAAGUUCUGACUAUGGAAUAUAUGGAUGCAGCGGAAAUAACUGACUUAAUUACAAUUCAGAGACUUGGGAUUCAACUUUCUGAUGUUUCCAAACUAGUUAGUCAAGCUUUUGCUGAAAUGAUAUUUAGGCAUGGAUUUGUGCACUGUGAUCCGCAUGCUGCUAACAUGAUGGUUCGCCCUUUGCCAUCUGGUAGAAAGAACCUUUUUGGAAACCAUGAAUCAAACAGAAUGCUAACCCCCACAUCAAUGCUUGAAGUUCUUCAAGAAAUGAAGAUCUUAUCCCCAGUUAGUUUAGAAGGACAGAAAAAACCACAGUUAAUAUUGCUUGAUCAUGGUCUAUACAAAAAUCUUGAUUUUGCUACUAGAGUAAAUUAUGCUUCACUUUGGAAGGCACUAAUUUUUGCUGAUGUUAAUGGGAUUAAGGAGAAUAGUGUUAAGUUGGGUGCUGGUGAGGAUCUUUAUGCUCUAUUUGCUGGAGUUCUUACUAUGAGACCAUGGAAUAGGGUAAUCGAUCCAUCUGUGGAUCAUUUGAUUCUAGAAGGAAGUGAUACUGACCGCUCUGAACUUCAGAUGUAUGCCUCGCACUAUUUCACCCAGAUUUCAGAGCUAUUAAGAAGAUUACCACGUGUAAUUCUAUUAAUGCUAAAAACAAAUGACUGUUUGAGAGCUGUCAAUCAUGUUCUGCUGCAGGGAUCAUCUCUAGAGACUUAUCUUAUCAUCGGAAGAGUCUCUUCAAAAGCAGUGUCAGAGGCAAAGAUCAUAUCAUCGAACUGCUUCAUAUUGUCAGGCUUGAGCUUAUGGCUUGAGCAGAUGCUGCUGGAAGCUCGGUUAUUCAGCAUGAGGAUUGCAUUGUGGCUUUUGCAUAUCCAAAAGACACUGUAUUACAGAACAAAAAAAAAAGAGAUAUAGUCUGAAUAAAUACAAACAAAGAAAAACAUGAUUCGCCUUCGUCUUUCCUUUCUGGAACACAUUUAUUAGUAUUAGUUUUUUAGGAAUUAUUCAAUAAAUGUGCUCUGUUUACUUCAAUAUAGCUAGCGUGCAGUAUUGACUAGGAAAUAAUAACAAUUAUUUCUUAUAUAUGUUUUCGGUUCCAGACUUUUGGCAUUAUUGUAUCCGACCAAAAGUUUUCUAUUGAUUGCGUAAAGGAUAUUCUAAUA